AUGCAGUCGCUCAACAUCACCCCGGAGCUGCUGUCCCGGCUGCUGCGGGACCACAACCUGACCCGCGAGCGCUUCAUCGCGCAGUAUGGGCUGCGGCCGCUGGUGUCCGCCCCCGAGCUGCCGGCGCGCGCCAAGGUGGCCCUGGCGCUGGCCGGCGGGCUGCUGUUCGCGCUGGCGCUCUUCGGCAACGCGCUGGUGGUCUACGUGGUGGCCCGCAGCAAGGCCAUGCGCACCGCCACCAACAUCUUCAUCUGCUCGCUGGCCGUCAGCGACCUGCUCAUCGCCUUCUUCUGCAUCCCGGUCACCACGCUCCAGAACCUCUCGGACACCUGGCUGGGGGGUGCCUUCGUCUGCAAGAUGGUGCCCUUCGUCCAGUGCACGGCCGUCGUCACCGAGACCCUGACCAUGACCUGCAUCGCCGUGGAGAGGCACCACGGGCUGGCGCACCCUUUCCGGAUGAAGUGGAGCUACACCCACCGGCGGGCUUUCGCCAUGCUAGGUGUGGUGUGGCUGGUGGCGGUCGUCGUGGGCGCCCCCAUGUGGCACGUGCAGCGGCUGGAGGUGAAGUACGACUUCCUGUACGAGAAGCAGCACGUGUGCUGCCUGGAGGAGUGGGCCGGCCCCGAGCACCAGAAAGCCUACAGCACCUUCAUCCUCGUCAUCCUCUUCCUCCUGCCCCUGGGGGCAAUGCUGGGCCUGUACGGGAAACUCGGCUACGAGCUCUGGGUCAGGAAGAGAGUGGGCGACGACGGCUCGGCGCUCCGGACCAUGCCCGGGGGCGAGGUGUCCAAGAUGGCCAGGAGGAAGAAGCGGGCGGUCCUCAUGAUGGUGACUGUGGUGACCCUCUUCGCCGUGUGCUGGGCGCCCUUCCACGCCGUCCACAUGGCGCUCGAAUACGGCGACUUCGAGAAGGCCCACGACGAGGUCACCGUCAAGAUGACCUUGGCCGUCGUGCAGGUCAUCGGGUUCUCCAACUCCAUCUGCAACCCCAUCGUGUACGCGUUCAUGAACGAGAACUUCAGGAAGAACUUCCUGUCUGUGGUUUGCUGCUGCCUCGCGAGAGCACCCCACUCCCCUGCACGCAGGCGGCCCGGGGCCCCGGGGCCUCCUCUGCCUCCUACACCGCCUCCCAAACGUCGUGGACCCGGUGCCCUCGUCAACAUCCGAGACUCCCACGCCGGCGGCAGCCUCGUGGCCGCGGCGCCUGUCCUGCCUCGCUCUCCCACGCUGACCCUCCCUCUGGCCAGGAGACAGAGGGGGCGGGGAAGCUCGAGGACCCCCGGGGACGCCCGCUUGCUCAGCUUCAAGGCGUGGGGGCCGGAGAGCUCAGGCCGCGGGGAUCUUGCAGGAGACGGACCCUUUAUCUCACGCGCGUCGCCGUCAGCAUGCGACGUGCGCGAGCUCCCGUACGACGUGGUGGAAACCGCAGGGGCCUGCGCCGCCGCUGACCACGGGUUGCAGCCCCGGCGCGGCGCGGCGCGGCCCGGCCCGGGACCUUGA